AUGCCUGUGCUGCAGGCGACUGGGCGUAUACUGUCGCGCGACCGCGGGAAACUUCGGCUGGACCGCAUCGACCAUUUUCUUGCGCGGGCGCGCGUGUCUGAAACAAGCGGCCAUUAUUCCACCUCUAUCCGUUGUUGUUGUCGUCGUGCUCUAGAGGAUAUCCCAACCCUGGGCCUCAGUACACUUUCAGCGCUGGUGGGUUGCCUUAGUUUAUUGUUUUCUGUAAAUAAUUGUCCCCUCGGAACUUUGUUUACUCCUUUUCCCUUCCUUACAGGCGCAACAUUUAGUUCUUGUCUUGCCCUUCUACGACAACCCGCAACCUUCCUAG